UCCUCUCCGGCCAUGGAGAGCGCCGCGGCCCCAGAGACCCAGGAUGCCGAGGCCCCGCGCCCGUCCGCGCCCCCGCCCUCGCCCGCGGAGCCCCCAGCCGCGCCCCGCGCCCGUCCGCGCCUGGUCUUUCGCACGCAGCUGGCGCACGGCAGCCCCACGGGCAAGAUCGAGGGCUUCACCAACGUCCGCGAGCUCUACGCCAAGAUCGCCGAGGCCUUCGGGAUCGCGCCCACAGAGAUCUUAUUCUGUACCCUAAACAGCCACAAAGUGGACAUGCAGAAACUCCUGGGCGGCCAGAUAGGGUUGGAGGACUUUAUCUUUGCCCACGUGCGUGGCGAGACCAAGGAGGUGGAGGUCACUAAGACCGAAGAUGCCCUGGGACUGACCAUCACGGACAAUGGGGCCGGCUACGCCUUCAUCAAGAGGAUCAAGGAGGGCAGCAUCAUCAACCGGAUCCAGGCUGUGUGCGUGGGCGACAGCAUUGAGGCCAUCAACGACCACUCCAUCGUGGGCUGCCGCCACUACGAGGUAGCCAAGAUGCUCCGGGAGCUGCCCAAGUCCCAGCCCUUCACUCUGCGCCUGGUGCAGCCCAAGAGAGCCUUCGAUAUGAUCGGCCAGAGGAGCAGGGGCAGCAAAUGCCCCAUGGAAGCGAAAGUGACCAGUGGGAGGGAGACCCUGCGUCUUCGUUCUGGGGGAGCUGCGUCACUGGAGGAAGUGCCCAGCGAAUUUGAGGAGGAGGCAUCACGGAGGGUGGAUGACCUGCUGGAGAGUUACAUGGGCAUUCGGGACCCAGAGCUGGCAUCCACCAUGGUGGACACCUCCAAGAAGACGCUGAGCGUCCAGGAAUUUGCACACCGUUUAGAUUCCGUCUUGGGCGAGUUCGCCUUCCCGGACGAGUUUGUGGUGGAGGUGUGGGCCGCCAUAGGCGAGGCCAGGGAGGCCUGUGGCUAGUCUGCGCUGGGGCCAAGCGCAGCCCCAGCCCAG